AUGGGCGACUGGAAGGGCUACAUCAGUGCGGUGCUGCGGGACCAGCGCAUCGACGACGUGGCCAUCGUCGGCCACUCGGACAAUCGCUGCGUGUGGGCAUCGCGGCCCGGGGGCCUGCUGGCGGCUAUCUCACCGCAGGAGGUGGGCGUGCUUAUCGGGCACGACCGGCGCACCUUUCUGCAGGAGGGCUUGAGCGUGGCGGGUCGCCGCUGCUGCGUCAUCCGCGACUACCUGUUGGCGGAGGGGGACGGCGUGCUGGAUACACGCACGAAAGGGCUGGACGGGCGCGCCAUCUGCGUGGGCCACACGCCUCGCGCGCUCCUUGUGCUCAUGGGCCGACGCGGCGUGCACGGGGGCAUUCUCAAUAAGACGGUGCACGAGCUGAUCCGCGGGCUGCGCACGCAGGGAGCCUAG